CCAUGGCGACAGACGCUCUCAAUUCACUCCACCAGCCGGGAAAGCCCAGUGGUGUUGCUAUCAGGGCCCCCUACUCCUGUGCGUGGAGAUCCCCGGGCCAGACCCCAGGGCACCUAGCAGGGACCAUGCCCGUGUUGGCGCCCCCGGCUGAGCUCAGCCAAGACAGUCGCGUGGGGGCCCCGGCAUGGCGCGAGGCGGCACAGGCCACGACUCGCCGAGCGCACCACGUGACGGAUCGCUGCGGGCAGGAGGUGGUGACCAUGUGGCAGCCCAAGGCCAGCGUGCGGGACCCGCACGUGGCGCGCCACCUGUGCCGCGCCGCCUACAUCCUUCCCUGGCGCUUCCGCGUGGAGAUGCUGAAAGGUGGCAGCACCGUGGAGAAGCCGCCCCCUGGCGACGGCGUCACGCUGUGGAAGGGCAAGAUGAAGCCGCCCGCCUGGCACGCGCGCCUGCCGCUGCCCCUGCACCGCGACGCGCGCGCCCUGCAGACUGCCGAGGUGGUGCACGCGCACGCGCGCGGGGCGCGCCUCACUGCCGCCCGCCUGGGCCGCGCGCAGCACCAAGUGAACGCACGGCUGCGCCAGCUGCAGCGCCAACGCGAGGCCACCGACCGCAGGCUCAGCCAGGUGCGCAAGGGCCUGCUGGUCAACCAGCAGAGCGUCAAGCUGCGAGGCUACCGGCCCAAGUCAGAGAAGGUCCCCGACAAAGCUGACAGUGUGCUCACCUGGGAGAAAGAGGAGCUAAAGAGUAUGAAGCGGAAGCUGGAGAAAGACAUGGAGCAGUCAGAGACCCUGCUCAAGGCUCUGGCCUCCUGCCGUGACAACCUGGGCUUCUGCUGUAAGGAGAGGCUGCAAGCCGUGGACCUCAUGAACCAGCCGCUGGACAAGGUUCUGGAGCAAGCAGGCCGCCACUCCUGGGUGAACCUCUCCAGGCCCCCAACCCCCCGCCCUCAAGGCCAGAAAACACCACCUCCGGACCCUGUGGGCACCUACACCCCAGAGUGCGCCCUGGCGCUGUAUGAAGCCAAGCAGCUGCUGAUGGAGUCCAAGGACGCCCUGGUGGAAAUGGCCAAGAAUGAGGCGGACAUCGGCGAGCGCCAGCACCAGAUGAGCGACCGCGUGUGCGCCUCGCUGGCGCAGAAGAUGCGCGAGACUUUGGAGCUGAAGGAAAGGAUGAACAUGACCUUAGGGCUGAUGAGGGGGACGAUCCACCGGUGCACAAAAUUCAGCGAAGAGAUGCACAUUACCCGUGGACUCAUCAAGGGUCCGCUGUCGGAAACCCACCUGGAGACUCGGGAGAAGCUGGACCGACCCCUGGUCCGCGUGUACCAGAGACACGUGGGCACCCAGCUGCCUGAGGCCACGCGCCUUGCCCAGGCCUGGCAUGCAUGCGCACACACGCGCGCGCGGGACCCCGGGAAAGGAAACUCACAGCCAGCCCACGGCCCCCGCUCCCCUCGCCUCACCUUCCCUCCCAGAGCCUUCUAGCAGAAUUUAUAAUUAAAAACAAUACCGACGAUCAUUUAGUAGGCACCCAUCGUAAACCAAUCACUUAGCAUCCAAUACAGGAGAAGAAAGUGCAUCCCACAAAUUAUUUAACAGGCUGGAUCUGGGCACCCGGCGGCGGCUCCCCAGUUUCUCGCUGUGUGGCUUCGGGCAAGGCGCUGGCCCUCUCUGGUCUCGGUCUCGCCCCACAGGUGAGAUGAGCCACGUCCACUUCACGUGGUUGUGGUUGAGAUAGGUGAGGAUGGGUCUGUCGCGUGAUGUGAGCCGGAAGCUGUUACUGUGACCAGGUCCGUGUUGCAGAUAGGGAAACUGAGGCACAGAGGUGAAGCCACUUGCUCACAGCCACACAGUAAGUGGACAGCAGUGGGUGGGGCUGACCUGGCCUCUGCCCUCUAAGGGAGCUCACAAAUGGAUCCAAUGCUGCAAAAAAAAAAGUCAUCCUUCUGGGUGCAGCCUCCUCCAGGAAGCCUGCCCUGACUGAAUCCACCCAUCCAGUCACAGCCCCAUCCCUCUCCCAGGGGUCCCAAUGCCUCUGAGACUCUCGGCUGUCGGGGAACUCUUCACCAUCCUGGGUGAGGCAUUCAUGGACGAGGAGGUGACCACUACAGCCACAGGCAGCCUGGGCUGUCCGUGGUGCCACAUCUGCAGAUUCCACCAACCUCACAUCAAAACACUGCACCUGGAGCCAGCAUCGUGGCACAGGUGACACGAUAAGGCGGUGGCUUGUAACACCAACAUCUCAUAAUUGGUGCGCCAGCUCGAGUCCCGGCUGCUCCACUUCUGAUGCAGCUCCCUGCUAAUGCGCCUGGGAAAGCAGCGGAGGAUGGCCCAAGUGCUUGGGCCCCUGCACCAGGAUGGAAUCUCACUCAGGCUCCUGGCUUUGGCCUGGCCCAGAUCUGGCUGUUACGGUCAUUUGGGGGUUAACCAGUGGAUGGAAGAUCUCUCCCUCUCACUCUCUGCCUCUCAGAUAAAAAAUAAAUCUUCUUCAAAAAAAAUUGUAUGUUUACUGAACAUAUGCAGGCGUUUUUUGUUACUCUUACUCCCUAAACUAUCCAAAUGGUUUUUUAAGAUUUAUUUGAAGCCGGCGCCGUGGCUCACUAGGCUAAUCCUCCACCUUGCGGCGCCGGCACACCAGGUUCUAGUCCUGGUAGGGGCUCCGGAUUCUGUCCCGGUUGCCCCUCUUCCAAGCCAGCUCUCUGCUGUGGCCCAGGAGUGCAGUGGAGGAAGGCCCAAGUGCUUGGGCCCUGCACCCCAUGGGAGACCAGGAGAAGCACCUGGCUCCUGCCAUCGGAUCAGCAUGGUGCGCCUGCCACAGCGCGCCGGCCACGGCAGCCAAUGGAGGGUGAACCAACGGCAAAGGAAGACCUUUCUCUCUGUCUCUCUCUCUCACUGUCCACUCUGCCUGUCAAAAAAAAUUUUUUAAAAAGAUUUAUUUAUCCUCUGCCUGCGACGCUGGCAUCCCAUAUGGGCACUGGUUUGAGUUCUGGCUGCUUCCCUUCUAAUCCAACUCUGCUGUGGCCUGGGAAAGCAGUAGAAGAUGGUUCAAGUCCUUGGGCCCCCGCACCUGCAUAGGAGAGGCUCCUGGCUUCAGAUCAGAGCAGCUCCAGCCAUUGCGGCCAUUUGUGAAGUGAACCAAUGGAAGGAAGACCUUUC